AUGUCACUCCUUAAACCUCUGCGCUCCGCAUCAAACACGACCAAAUCACGCGAUCAGUUCCUGCUUCCCCAGAAGCACCGUCGCGCAUCCAGCCCUGAGCUGAGGCUCCAGAGCAUAGUCCCAGGAAGCAUUCGACAAAUAUUGUUGACGCGUACUGUGAUUAUAGCCCGCCUAUCAAUACUGAUCUAUCCCAAUGUACCUAGAGAGCACCUUCGAAUUGGCUGUGACUUGUCGAAUGUUUACUUCAUUGUAGACGAGUACACCGACAUCGAAAAUGCAGCAGUCACCAAGGAAAUGGUGGACAUCGUGCUCGAUGCCAUACGUAAUCCUCAUAAGGUGCGACCGGAAUGCGAAUGCAUCCUGGGUGAAAUCGUGCGACAAUUUUGGGCUCGCGCAAUCCGGACGGCAAGCUUGCCUUCUCAGCGUCACUUCAUUGAAACCUUUACCACAUACCUUGGUGCGAUAGUCGUUGAGGCUCUCGACCGCGAACAAGGUCAUUGUCGCAGUAUUGAUAACUACCUCAAGCUCCGGCGGGAUACGUGUGCCGUCAAAUCCUCCGUCCCAAUGUGUGAAAUGGGAAUGGAGCUUCCUGAUGAUGUGUUCUAUCAUCCAGUCAUCGUGGAACUGGUUGACUGCAUUACAGAGUUGUGUCUGAUCGAUAAUGACAUGAUCUCGUACAACAGAGAGCAAGCGACUGGGGACGAGAACCACAACUUGAUCACGGCUGUCAUGUCGGAACUCAGCGUCGACAGAAGUGGUGCGAUGGUUUGGGCAGCACACUAUCACGCUGAAGUUCAGAAAUGA